AUGGGUCGCUUUUCCUUUGGCCGUUGUGCUAAUCUUAAAGGAUCUUUGCUAUACCUGGAGCAGCAUCCUGUUCUUAGAUGUACCCAAAGAAUGAGGAACAUCUGGGCCUACGCACCCAUCAGUAACAAUAAUCGCAUCAUGCUGAAAGGGCGUGUAACACUCACCACCCUUGUUUCAAAUCGCUCGAAUCGCCAAAUAACAGGUUCCUUUGCAAAUAAACAAGGCAAUACCAACGACAGAAACCACCAGAUUGAGUUUCAAAAUACGCUGCUUUCCUGGACCUCCAAUAUGGUGUUGCGGAAUGGUACUGAGAUCUUUGACUCCUGGGAGAAGCCCCCUGUGCCUGUGUAUGCCCAAUUCUACUUUUUCAAUGUCACCAACCCAGAGGAGAUCCUCCAAGGAGAGAAACCUCGGCUAGAAGAGGUGGGGCCAUACACAUACAGGGAACUCAGGAACAAGGCAAAUGUUCAGUUCAGAGACAAUGGAACAACAAUAUCUGCUGUUAGCAACAAGGCAUAUGUUUUUGAAAGAAAUCAAUCUGUUGGAGACCCUAAAGUUGACUUAAUUAGAACCAUAAAUAUUCCUGUAAUGACUGUCAUAGAAUGGUCCCAAAACCACUUCAUCAGGGAGAUCAUCGAGGCCAUGCUGAAAGCCUAUGAACAGAAGCUCUUUGUGACUCACACAGUUGAUGAAUUGCUCUGGGGCUACAAAGAUGAGAUCCUGUCUCUCAUCCAUAUCUUGAGACCCGAUAUCUCCCCCUAUUUUGGCCUGCUCUUUGGGAAAAAUGGGACAAAUGAUGGAGACUAUGUUUUUCUAACUGGAGAAGACAAUUACCUUAACUUUACAAAAAUCGUGGAGUGGAAUGGAAAAAGGUCACUUGACUGGUGGACAACAGACAUAUGCAAUAUGAUUAAUGGAACAGAUGGCGAUUCUUUUCACCCAUUGAUAACCAAGGAGGAGGUCCUGUAUGUCUUCUCUUCGGACUUAUGCAGGUCGGUGCAUGUAACAUUCAGUGACUUUAAGAGCAUUCAUGGACUGCCUGCCUUUCACUAUACGGUGCCUGCUGAAGUCCUAUCUAAUACCUCUGACAAUGCUGGCUUCUGCCCACCCAGUGGCAAUUGCCUGGGCUCAGGAGUGUUGAAUGCCAGCAUCUGUAAGAAUGGUGCUCCCAUUAUCAUGUCUUUUCCACACUUCUACCAAGCAGAGGAGAAGUUCACUUCAGCCAUACAUGGCAUGAAUCCAAAUAAGGAAGACCAUGAGACAUUUGUGGACAUUAACCCUUUGACUGGAAUUAUUCUCAAGGCUGCCAAGAAGCUCCAAAUCAACAUUUAUGUCAAAAAAAUUGAUGACUUUAUUGAAACUGGAGACAUUAGAACCAUGGUUUUCCCAGUGAUGUAUAUCAGUGAGAGUGUUCUCAUUGAUGAAGAGAAUGCAAGGCAACUGAAGUCUAUGAUUAACACUGCUAUGAUCGUCACCAACAUCCCCUACAUUGUUAUGGCACUGGGUGUGUUCUUUGGUUUGAUCUUCACCUGGCUGGCGUGUAGAGGACAGGCAUCCAUGGAUGAGGGAACCGCAGAUGAAAGAGCACCCCUCAUACGAACCUAACGGAAGAAACUUAAGCAUCAUCUAAGCAUGAUGUGGGCUCUCCUGAUAUGGACCCUACCAGGGAAAUCCCAGCAUCCUCAGUCUGUUGGGAGGAGGGCGAAGAUUCAGUGUCAGCAAAUGACAAGAGUAUCCUGAGCAGAGCCUAAAGAGCAGGCUGAUAGGCUGGCUAGUGUGCUUCAUAAAAUCACCUGGUCUCCAAAAUUAUUUUCAUGUGUCUAGCAAGUAUUUAAUAAAUUCUUGUAUAGUACCUUUGAUGUUGGGUUCUGAUAGCUAUAGAAUUUUGUGACUACUAUUGUAGAUAUGCCUUCACAUCACUUGUUAAAGCUACAUGGGCUAACAUUAUUUGGUAUGCUUCUUUCACCUAACUUUGUGAGCAAAACACAUGUGUAUCUCUUUAUGUUGUAUUCUUCCAUUUCAGUCCCUGAAAAGAAGUCAGAGUUCGGAAUCCAGGGUAAAAUGUAGCUUUAUCCUGUACACUGCUGAAAUGAUACAAUGUCCUCUUUUAAAGCAUUAUGUAUUGCAUUUCAUGCUAAUCUUCAGUCUAGAAUUCAUCCAGGAAAAUUAACUAGGUCUUCUGAGUGCUUGUACAAUGUGUAGGAAUCAAGUGAAGAAGGGUCUGGGAUGGGGGUGGGCACCAGUGAGUGGAUAAGGAUUAACUCCUAUGGAUUUCUAAGUAGUGCUUUCAUGAACCAAGCGAAUGAAUAAAUGUUGUUGGUAUUAAUGCAGAUCUUUUGUGAAGAGAAGAACUAAAAUGUUAGUUAUGACAUCUCUAGACUAUUAGCUGUUAUUUUUAGUCAGAAUUAUCUUGCUAUAGAAAACCUGCUUUGGGGAGAAUGUAAUGGAUGACUGUUUUACAACCCCCCAGUCACCCUGGCCCAAUAUGAUUCUGUACUGAUUACCAUAUAAUAUGGGAUUAUUUGUAAACUUACUAUAGGAAAUCUGUCAGUAGCCUGAGUUACACACAGACUCAUCACUGCCUUGAUUAGAGUGACAUUUCUUUCUUGCUAACUUUGAGAUUAUUUUGGUAAGUUCUUUCUUCAGAGUUGGUUUUCUCCAGUGUUACGUGUUCAUGAUCACUCACUAAGUAGAGGGAAUUGUGCCCUACACAUUCUGUGACAAUCAUGGUGCCGAGAAGAUUGCAGAGGGUUUAAAAUAUUGCACAGGAGGUUCUUUAAGGAUGAAAGUCCCUUGGGACCAGAAGCAGAGUCACUUCUCUUCAGAAGACUUCUUGGCUUCCAGUAAAACCAAAGGCAGACAACGAGCCACUGUUGGGUCACAAAGUUCAGUUCGCAGGUAUAUGUAAGGGCAUUUUUCCUUGAUUCUCUAAGUUCAUAAUGUUUAAUUGAGACGCUUGUACAGUUUAUCUAGCAAAGUGCUUAUAGAAUUUUCCCAAGAACAGAAUCAUACUAUGGGUUUCAUUUUUGUUGUUUUGUUAUUUAAAAUUGGAAUUUAAUGUAAACAAAUGAAAAAAAUCAGGGAUUUCCCUUACAUAGCUUCUUAUCUAUGUUUGGAGGUCAUAAAUGGCUUUAAUUUCCCAAUGUAAUGCCCCAAUUUUCCUAUGUAUACCAUAUGUAAUGUUUUCCCCUUCUUAAAGGGACAAGUCAUUAAACUUUCAACUUUUCUAUAAAUCAAGAUAGAACAGUUACAUACCCUGAUUCACCAAACUGUGCAAAAGCUAAACUGAAAAUAUUUGGUCUUCAGUAAUGCCAAAUAUCUAAAGUUUUUUUAAAAAAAGAAUUUAUCAAUAUUUAACUAGAGAAUUGGCAUGCCUUAGUCUGUGUGCAUCAACUUAUCCACACCAAUAAAUUGAUAAACUAAUGCAUACUCACUGAUUCAAUCCUAUGUUCAGGAUAUAAUCAUCUAGGGGUAGAUUUUUAAAUGCUGUAAAUAAUAUCGGUUAGUGAUAUACACAUUUAGACUGAUUCUCACCUGGCAAGGAGGCAAAAAACAUAUUAGGUCCCUAUUCACAGGAUGAUCCUUAACAGUGAUGACUUAAAGUCACACUUGAUAUUUUCUUUUUGAAAAUAAACUGUAGUCAAAAUUACAGACCGCCUCGGAAUGAAGUAAUGUACCCAUUUAUUUGGGGAAAACCCUCAAGAGUUUUGUAAAUUCUGACAGCAUUGUUUCCAUCACAGAAUGGCAGGCAGGAAAAUGGGAGCUGAGCACAGGAUAGGACAUGGGCCUUGCCACUUUUUAUCUCCAUGCUUUCCUACUGGACUUUAUUUCCUCAUGUUCUAGAAAGAUCAACUGGAACCAGCACUACAUGACUAACCCCUACUGGGGUUUUUACUGAAGGGAGGCUAAUUUUUAACUUAAAUUGUUGAGAUAAUGAAUUUUGAAGAAAAAAAAAGAAAGAAAACAGUGACCCUUACAGUUAGUCCUUGGUGAAUAGAGAAAAUUGCUUGUGCCUGUCUUUCAGAAUGCUUCAGCAGCUGGGAUCGUUGGUUCAUUUCAUGUGAUUCUUAACCUAUUUUAUUCCUAAACUUCAUGCAAUGAAAUGUUUUACUAAUAAAAAAAGUUUAUAUAAAAUU